AUGGCAGUGGAGACACCCGUCGAAUUCCCUUGCGCCUUGACUCUCGACGUCCCCUUCCCGGAUGCGCGACUUGCUGGAAUCGCGCUCCGGGUACUCAGGGUGGAUAAAGAACUUUCAAACCUUGUAACACGAAAUCUGUCAACCGUCGCCAGCGAAGGUUCAUCAAAGCAGACCGUCUUGCGCGUCGAGUACAGGGCCGCCACAAACCGGAUGCUGCGCGUCGCUGUCAAUGCCUUUCUUGACAACGUGGCCUUGGUGACGGAAGUCAUGGGAGGGCUAGACGAGGACGUGAUAGAUGCACCGCAGCCACAAGGCGAGAGCGGUUGA